AUGACUACCCACAAGCAAUGCACCCUCCGGGCUGUGCUCACCGGACUUUUGGUGGCACCAGCUUGCGUGGCCGCCGCCCCCAACGGCACCCUCCACCAGCUGGCCAAGGCGGCAGGCAAGCUCUAUUUUGGCACGGCCGUGGACAACCCUGAACUCGACGACCCUCAAUAUCGGCCCGUCGUUGGCAGCGGUGCCGAAUUUGGUCAGAUCACAGUGGGAAACACGCAAAAGUGGCAGUUUACCGAGCCCGAGCAAAACAAGUUCGACUUUGCAGCCGGAGAUGUCAUAGUCGAUUUUGCCAAAUCCAACAGCCAAAUUGUUCGCUGCCACACCCUGGUCUGGCACAACCAGCUUCCUCAAUUCGUAUCAUCGGGAAAUCGGGACCGCGACUCGCUCACCCGCGUCAUCGAAUCGCACAUCAGCAACGUCGCGGGCCACUACAAGGGCAAAUGCUACGCCUGGGACGUGGUCAACGAGGCGCUCAACGACGACGGGACCUUCCGGGACUCGGUGUUCAACCGGGUGCUGGGCCCCGAUUGGAUCCCCAUCGCCUUCAAGGCCGCCGCGGCAGCGGACCCGAUGGCCAAGCUGUACUACAACGACUUCAACAUCGAGCAGCCGGGCAACAAGCAGCAGGCGGCGCUCAGGAUUGUCGAUCUGGUCAGGGGCUGCGGGGCCACCAUCCACGGCGUCGGCUUCCAGGGCCACUUCACCGUCGGCCAGACGGGCAGCAAGGAGUCUCUGGCCUCGGUGCUCAACUCCUUCGCCGCCAAGGACCUCGACGUCGCCUACACCGAGAUCGACAUCCGCCACGCGAGCCUCCCCGCCGACGCCCAGGCCCAGCAGCGCCAGGCCGACGACUACGCCGCCGUGGUCGGCGCCUGCCUGUCGGUGCAGCGCUGCGUCGGCAUCACGGUCUGGGGCGCCUCCGACGCCCACAGCUGGGUUCCGAGCACCUUUCCGGGCGCCGGUGACGCCACGCUGCUGGACAGGAACAUGAACCCCAAGCCGGCGUAUAACCGGGUUCGGGACGUGCUGGCUGCUGCCGGCCGAACUGAAAAGAGAAAAAUGGACGGCGCUCCCUGGGGGAUUUUGCGACUUGUCACUGGGUGGACAUGUCCAUGGUUUGCUCGCCACAAAGCGCGACGGCCCCGUCCUUCUGCCGGCGGAACCUUUGUUCUUCCCCCCCUGUAG